AUAUCGAUAUCAGUAACAGCAACAAAAUAUAAGCUGACAUUAUUUCUUAGCCGCUUUAUUAAAAUGUCCACAAGACCGCGCCGCCUAGCAGCUAAAAGAACUAAAAUAAUUGAGGUAUCUGACUCUGAAGAUAGUGCAAGUGAGGCUAACGACAAUGAUGAAUAUAAACCGACUGAGACGCGUCGUCGUUUCAUAGAUCGUGCCGCAGCAACUGUAGCGUCUGGCGCUAGUGGCAGCAGAAAGCGAGGAAAGGAUUCCAAAAGCGAUGCAUCAGAGACAAAAAAAAAACGCGCGAAACAGGACAAAGAGAAUGCCUUACCCAACCAAAGCAACAAUGUUACUGAAGCAGCUGUGGAACUACCAUUGUCGACAGAAUUAUCUCAAAAUGAAGGCGUGCACAGCUCGAUUCCGGCGACCGCCAGUUCCACCACAGGUCGUAGCUCGUUCUGGGAGCGACGCAAAGUUUGGAGCAUACAUGAGCUUUUAGCCGAAACGGAACAAAUACAACCGACAGCAGCGCGGAACAUUGUGCAGCUGUUUGAAAAUGAGAAUACCAUUCCAUUUAUUUGCCGUUAUCGACGGGAUCUUGUGGAUCACGUAACACCAGAACGAUUGCGAGACAUACGGAACACUUACUCGGAGAUUGUCGAUCUGCGAAAGAGGGCAGAGAAUAUUGUUAAUCAACUAGAGCGAGAGAAUGUGCUCAAUACGGAAAUUCGAGAAGAACUAAUGUGUGCGAAGACCAAUGAAGAGCUUGAAUUUUUGUAUGCACCAUACAAACCGGCUAGCAAGGGCACCUUGGCAGAGCGCGCUAAGGCUUUGGGAUUGCAGCAACAUGCCGACUCCUUGCUUUACGGAACAGCACCCAAAGUGCAACUGGCCUCAGCUAUUGAUCCAAGCAAUCAGGAUUUGGCGACAGAAGAGCAAAUAAUGGUUGGAAUAUGUAACAUAAUUAUACACAGCAUAAGUAAGAACACAAAUGUUCUUGAAGAAUUGCGUCGCCUACAAACCGUACAGCGCAUUGUGCUCAAGUGCAGCAAGGCCAAAUGUACGACAGUCUCAAAGGAAGGUGGUAAAGGCAAAGCUGCUUCUAGCGGCAUUGCGGAUAAGAAGCUUGAUAGUUCAAAAUUCGAGAAUUAUUUCAAUUUUCAAUGUGACGUUAAGACAAUCAAGCCACAUCAAACACUGGCUAUCAAUCGGGGCGAGAAACAUAAAUUUCUGACCGUUAAGGUGGAGACCAACAAUUAUUUAAAGUCUGAUCUCAUACGUUUUAUAUGGGAACAGUAUAUGACCGAAGGCCUCCAGUAUCCUCUACGCAGAGAGGUUUUUACCCGCGCACUGGAAGAGUGCUACACAAAAAAAUUGCAGCCUCUGCUUUGUCGUCAGGUUCGAGCCAAGUUAAAAGAGAAGGCUAUCAGGGCAGCAAUUGAAGUUUUUGGAAAGAAUCUAAAGCAACUAUUGCUGAUAUCACCGCUGAAAGGUGAACGCAUUCUGGGCAUUGAUCCAGGCUAUACAAAUGGAUGUAAAUUAGCUCUUAUAUCCGAGACAGCCGACGUACUGGAAUCGAGUGUCAUCUAUCCGCAUGGGCGACAUGCUAAUCGAAAAGGAGCCGAGCAAAAGCUGGUGCAGCUUCUUAGCGACCACAAUUGCCGCGUCAUUGCUCUGGGAAAUGGAACUGCCUGCCGUGAUACAGAGAUGUGGCUGACAGCUCUCUUCCAAUCGGGCGUUUUGGACAGUCGCAGCAUUCGCUAUAGUAUUGUAAAUGAGAAUGGCGCCUCUAUUUACUCAUGCAGCGUUGUGGCGACCAAAGAGUUUCCCAAUAUGGAUAUGAAUUUGAUAAGCGCAGUAUCUAUUGCACGUCGUCUCAAUGAUCCGCUAAGUGAAUACGUGAAGAUUGAGCCCCGCCAUUUGGGUGUGGGCAUGUACCAGCACGACGUGAAUGAGAAAAUGCUUUCGGAGACUCUGAACGAUGUAGUCUCCGAGUGUGUUAGCUUUGUUGGCGUGGAUCUAAAUACAGCGAGUCUCAGUGUGUUAAAACACAUUGCUGGAUUGUCUGAAAAGAAGGCCGAAAAGAUCAUUGAACAUCGCACACAAAAGGGACCAUUUAAAUCGCGGAAGGAUCUACUCACUGUUCGCAGCAUAGGUGAGAAAACCUAUGUCCAAUGCGCAGGCUUCGUACGCAUCGAACCGCUUAGUGUUGGUGGAAAAUUAGCCAAUCCGCUUGAUUGCACCUGGGUGCAUCCCGAAAGUUAUAAAUUGGCCGAAGCCAUUAUUGGGAAAUGUGAGUUAAAAGUCUCAGACAUUGGCAAGGUCAGGUUUAUUCAGCGCAUCAAGGAGUUCAGCAUUUCGGAGCAGAAUCUUGAAGAGCUUGCUGGAAGGCACAAACUGCCCAUUGAUAGGUUAAAGUUUGUGCUGGUUGCGCUGCAGCGUGAGUUGCUACAGGAUUAUCGUGUAGACUUGGACAAACGGCCGCUAUUCAAGCAAGGCCUAACACGAUUGGAAGAUCUUAGCGUUGGUGAUGUGGUGACAGGUGCAGUCACGAAUGUGACACACUUUGGCGCCUUCGUGGACAUAGGCGUAGACCGGGACGGCCUCAUCCAUAAGAACCACAUGAACAACAUUGAGCUAAGCAUUGGGGAUCGCAUAAUUGCCUCCGUGUUGAAAGUGGAUAUACAGCGACGGCAGUUGGGCUUGUGCCUGAAGAAUAUGCAAGAGGAGACAGACACGUCCUUCACUUUGCAAACCAAAUAAGAAAAAAACAUUAUUUUUUUUUUAAGUUGUCUUUAAUUCUUAAAUCAUUCACAUCUCUUCU